AUGGGUGGGAGGAAGGGCGAAGGGCCCCAGCGCCCGGAGGGAACCGAAAAGCUAGCCUCGGGGCAGCAGGAAUCAGGGUCAGUCAGCACAGACGGCGCGCCCAGCCAGGAACGCCGAAAGGGCCGCAGUAAGGCCCGAGGGGCGAGACCGGUCUUGGAGCCCGCCACCGCGGGAGGCCAGGAGAACCCUGGUGGGCGCAGGAAGUCCACCGUAGAGGAGAACAGCGACUGCGGCCUGCCAGAGGCUGGGCCGCAGCCAGAGGCCAAGAGGAGCCAAGGCAGCGAGCGGCGUCGGGGAUGCGGGCCUAAGGAGAGCCACAAGCCCGAGGACGGCUGCGGAGGGUGCCUGGAGAAGAGUCUCCCCCGAGGAGGAGGGAGGACACGCGAGCGCGACCGCCGCAGGCGGAGAGGAAAAGGGCACAGCCGCUCGGUUCUGCCGGGCCGCCGAGAGACCCGGAGCCUCGAUGGGGACACGUCGGGUGGAGACGGGGGCAGUUCCUGCCGGGACAGCGAAGCUCGAGAGGCCUGGGAGAGCGGCAGCCAGGGCGGCGGGGUCCCGGAGCUGCGGCCCAACUCGGAACAAACGGACACGGGCUCUGGAGGCACCCAAACCUGUCUGGAGCCAGCGCUGGAGACGCCAGGAGAGCGCCCGAGCAGCGAUGGCAUCAGCAGCGACGGCGUCAGCAGCGACGGCAGGGGCAGCUACCAGCCCUCUGCCGAGCCCCAGAGCCCGGAAGGGUCGUCGGGGGCGAGGCCCCAGGGAGAGACUGAGGAUUCUGGGACAGACACGGACUCGAGUCUGGGGGGGGCCGGGCCUGGACGGAGCCCAUGGGCAGCCCCAGGAACGGCGAGCCGGGCCACUGAGGCCGAAAAGGCUGAGCCGGACGGAAAAGCCACGGCUCCUAGUCCCCUCGAGGGCAGCCGCGCACGCGUUCCCCGGAGCUUGUGGGCUUCUCGAGACCCAAAGCCGGCCCGAGACGCAAGGGACAAUGGCCUGCAGCUGGAGGCAGAGCCGCGGGGCGCCGAGCCCGUAAGAGCCGAGGCCUCAACUGCCCGGGGUCAACGCCGCCAGGUUGGAAAGGUGGUGGGGAAGGUGCAAGUGCUGAGCCUAGCGGGUGUAGUGGGGCUCAGGGGGCGACCGAGGGCUCCCCCUGGCGGCGGCCUGAGCUCCCCGCAGGUUGCAAAAAGCCCAGUCCCUGACUAUCCUUCCGAGAACCAGGACCCGACUCCAGAUCCCAAGUUCGCGGUCGUCUUCCCCAGGAUCCACACGGCAGGGAGGGCCUCACGCAGACGUAGUUCAGAGGAAGGGUCCGCGGAUCCCCCCGCCGGGGAGAUGCGCAUUUGGCCUUGUGCAGGGGCUUCAGGAGACAGUGAGGGGCACAGGGCUAGUGGAGAAGGGGUGGCCGAGCCCCUCCACAGCUCUCUCCUCGGCCCAACUUUCUCCGACGAGCCCCCACUCGACGAGAGCAGCUCCAGCAGCGAGGCGGAGCCGGAGACCUUGGGAGCCGAGGCUCCAGUGCACUGGGCGCAGAGCUCGGACGCCCAUGAGGACCCUGGGCUUGGCACCGAAGCACUGCUGCCCCGACUCACCUUGGAGACCCGCCUGCGGCGGGAGAGGAGCCCAGGCCCCCGCGGGUCCCUGAGGGAUCGGUGGGAGCCGGAGGAUGAGGCCGAGGAGGCGCUGGAGAGAGAGCUGGAGCUGAGCCUCGGGCCGGGCCUGGAGGCGCUACCAUUUUCCGGCCUCGGGGACGGCCUAGAAGACACCGAGGACCUAGCCCGGCUGCGGCUGGUGUGUGACAACUCCAUUCUGCUCUGCCUCAAGAAGAGGUUUCACCUGGGCCGAAUCUAUACCUUUGGGGGGCCCCUCCUGCUCGCUCUGAACCCCCACCGGCCCCUGCCUCUCUUCUCACCUGAGGUCAUGGCUAGCUACCUUCCCAGGAAGGCCCCCAACACCACCCCACACAUCUUUGCCAUUGCGGCAUCAGCCUAUAUCCUGUCUCAGAGCACUGGGCAGGGCACAUGCAUCCUCAUGGGGUGAGUGGUGUCCG